AUGCCUUUCAACACCGCACUGACCCGCAAGCUGGGUAUUCGCGUGCCCGUGGUGCAGGGUGGCAUGCAGUGGGUGGGAUACGCCGAGCUGGCCUCGGCCGUCAGUAACGCCGGUGGUCUGGGUAUCCUUACGGCCCUCACCCAACCCACCCCCGAAGACCUGCGCAAGGAAAUCCGACGAUGCCGCGAAAUGACCAAGUACCCCUUCGGCGUCAAUCUGACCCUCCUCCCCGCUCUGGUUCCCCCGGACUACGGGGCCUACGCCCAGAUUAUCAUCGACGAGGGAAUCAAGAUUGUUGAGACCGCCGGAAAUAAUCCGGGCCCUGUGAUCAAGCAGCUGAAGAAGGCGGGCAUCAUCAUCCUCCACAAAUGCACCACCAUCCGCCACGCCAAGUCCGCCGUGAAGCUGGGUGUGGACUUCCUGUCCAUCGAUGGAUUCGAGUGCGCCGGCCACGUCGGUGAGAACGACAUCACCAACUUCAUUCUCCUGAGCCGUGCUCGUCAAGAUCUGGGCGUGCCUUUUAUUGCUUCCGGCGGUUUCGCCGACGGCCAGGGUCUUGCUGCUGCGCUAGCUCUUGGCGCCGAGGGUAUCAACAUGGGUACCCGAUUCAUGAGCACUGUCGAGGCUCCGAUUCACCAGAACAUUAAGGAAGCUAUCGUUAAGGCGCAGGAGACUGAUACCGCUCUUGUGCUCCGCCGGUGGAAGAACACUACCCGCUUGUUCGGCAACAAGGUUACCCAGGAGGCUCUGAAGAUUGAGAAGGAAAGCACGACUGGUGACUUCGCGGAGAUCGGUCCCUAUGUGAGCGGCAAGCGUGGUCGUCAGGUUUUCCUGAACGGUGACCCCGACUACGGUGUCUGGACCGCCGGUCAGGUUAUCGGCCUGAUCCACGACAUCCCGACCUGCGAUGCGCUGCUGCAGCGUAUCGAGAAGGAGGCCUUGGAGGCCAUGAACCGGACCCGGAGUCUGUACAGCGACGCCCCCGCCAGUAAGCUGUGA